CGGAACAGGAAGCGGAAGCGGCGCCGGGGCCGCCCGGUACCGGGGGCAGCGCGGGCGCGCCGCACCUUCCGCGUCCUUGGGGACGCGCCGAGAGCGGGGGCACCGCGCCCCGGCCGUGCGGUAGCGCGGGGCGGGGAUAACGGGCAGGGCGCGGGGAGGGGGAGAGGGAAGCGGCCCCGGGCAGGGUGACAUGCCGGGUCCCGAGCGGGCCUGGCAGCGGGUGACCGGCGCCCGCCGCCCGCCGUCGUCAUGCCGAGCCCCCGGAGCAGCCGCGAGCGGCGCGCCGGCAGCGGCGGCCGCCUGGAGUUCCUGUCGCUGAGCCAGCGCGGGCCCGCCGCCCCCGAGAGCCCGUCCCGCCGCAGGGAGCCCGCCGGCGCCGCCGCCGCCCCGCUGCCCGAGGAGGACUGCAUGAAGCUGAACCCGUCCUUCGUGGGCAUCGCCCUCAGCUCCCUGCUCGCCAUCGACCUCUGGGCCUCCAAGCGCCUGGGGGUGUGCGCUGGGGAGGGCUCGGCCUGGGGCAGCGCCCGCCCGCUCAUGAAGGUCAUCGAGGUGUCGGGGCACGGCAUCCCCUGGCUGCUCGGCACCUUCUACGGGCUCUGCCACAGUGACAGCUCGGCGGCCAGGGAGGUGCUGCUCAACCUGCUCUUCGCGUUGCUGCUGGACCUGGUGAUGGUGGCGGUGGUGAAGGGGCUCGUCAAGCGGCCGCGGCCCACGCACAACAAGAUGGACAUGUUCGUCACCAUCUCGGUGGACAAGUACUCCUUCCCCUCGGGCCACGCCACCAGGGCCGCUCUCGUCUGCCGCUUCGUCCUGCGCCACCUGGUCCUGGCCGUCCCGCUGCGCGUGCUCGUGGUGCUCUGGGCUCUCAUCGUCAGCAUCUCCCGGGUCAUGCUGGGCAGGCACAACAUGACGGACGUGCUCUUCGGGCUGCUGCUGGGCUACGCGCUCUACGGCGUGGUGGAGCACUGCUGGCUGUCCCCGGCCACCGCGCCCGCCCUCUUCGCGCUCUGGAGCCGCUGACCGCGCGCUGGCCUCGGCACCAAGCGGGGGCCGUGUGCCGGUGUUCCGAGCACGCGCGGGAGGGGGUUCUGGUGCUGAACUGGCAUCCUGAACCCCAUCAGUCCGGCCAAGACUUCCACACGAGCGGUGCUGCGGGCUCCAGGCCUGCACUCAGAUGUGCGGUGCUGUCCUGCCCUGCUGCUGGCUGUCCGGCAGGGUCUGCGCUGACUGUUCUCUGGUGACCAAAAGCAGUCUGCAGAGCCUGCGGAGGGCUCAGCACACCCAUCCGGCAGCUCACUGUAAUACUGUGAAUCUGCAUGUUCUCGCUGGGCACCUGCCAUAGCCCAUGGUGUGUGUGGUAGCUGUGACUCUGCAGAGGUUUCUCUGCAGUCACCCCUGUAUCUGUAUCCUGUAAAUACACUGAUCAUGCUGCUGUCGUAA